CUCAGCGAAUCAGUCUCAGCAAAUCCAUUGAACAAGUUCGAACUGUUUAACCGUUCCGUAAAGCCAUAAGAAAAUGAUUUUUAGUGAAAAAUUCAUCUCAUCGAUUGCAAUAACUGCAUGGAUUAUUUGUGCACAUUGGACGGGUUUCGCCGUCAGCGUCAAUUGUGAUAUUGAACCCAAGAAUAAUGACGGUAAACUGAGAAAGAGUCUGUUUUGCAAAUAUGACCGAACAGUUCAUCCAGCGCUGAACGGCGAUGCGGUGACCGUUACUCUGAAAAUGAUUGUGAAAGGAUUUUCGUUUGACGAGCAUGAAAAAGUAUUAUUGGUAUCGUCAUGGUUAUCGAAGUCAUGGCAAGACGAUAAUCUGAAAUGGACACCAGCAGAAUUUAAUGGCAUUAACCACCUUGUCGAGUCAAGUGAGGAACUGUGGCAGCCUGAUUUGCAGUUGUUUAAUAGUGACAUUGCAUCCGUUCACGAUGAUCAAUGUAGAAUCUCUAACUGCGACAUUUCUUCCACUGGUCACGUGGCUUGCAUUCCUCCUUGCGUUCAUUCAGCCCGUUGUGCACCCGAUUUAACGGCAUGGCCAUUCGAUUCAGUAAAUUGUACGCUGCACAUCGGAACUUGGAUUAAUUCAGCCGAUGAAGUGGAUCUAAAAUUGAAACAGCUUAUCAUCCCUGAGUCUGAUUUGCAGUCUCAAGAUCAAAGUUGGAAAAUGGUAAAAGUGCUCUACACGCGAAAUCACGGAAAUUUUUCGUCGACCUCAAAAACGUAUCCGUCUGUUACGUUCACGUUUCUACUAGAACGUCAUUCUGCUGAACACGCCGCUACAUUUUUAGUGCCAGCAUUAAUAAUGGCCUCAAUAAAUCUAAUUACUUCGUGGUUGUCACCUGAAAUGUCUGAAAGAUUGAUGCUUUUAGCCCUCAAUAUCCUAUCACAUUUCCUUUACAUGCAACAAUUGUCGUGGUACAUACCGUUCAAUGGCGACAUAUGCCCAACAAUCGUGUUGUGUUUCCGUGAUUCGCUAAUCAUCACCGGUUUUCUUCUGAUAAACACAAUAGUUGUCCGCGGAUUUACAUCAUGCGGAUUAGAAGUACCAAAUUGGAUUGGUAGUACCACCGGAUUUGUGGGCUCGAAUAAAUUCGGAGAAUUAUUUUUAUCGAAGAGUUACUUGAUUGACAGACAACCUCUUCAUUCGGAACAAUGUGAAGAAACGGCCGAUGUUAAUGUAACUGAACCACAGACUCUACCAACAGUUACCAUUAAACCGCCCACAAAUACGUGGAAACUUUUCGCUAAGUACAUUGACCGAUUGCUGUUUAUCAUCGUGUUCGUACUGUAUGUCUGCAUGUAUUUUGCUUUGGUGCCAAGUGGUUACAAGUUUGCUGAGCCAAGAGGAGAUAUUGAAGUCCUUGGAGUGUAGCAACGCACUUGAAUGUACCGACAUUGUACGGGCAUCUGUUAUCGACAAUGAAGUCAAAAGAUAAGCUAGUGGUCCUUUAUAUAACAAAACUUAUAAUAAAACUAACAAAAUAAAAGAUUUUCCAUCAAACACUAAA